AUGAACCCAUUCUCAGCAGCGGCGGCUCUCCCUGCUCGCACCGCCGCAACGGUCCAUCCCCUCCCCCGCCGCCUUCUCCUCUCCGGCUCCUGCAGCCUCUCUCUUACCGCUUCCGAGAGAGCGGCGGAUGGGUCUUACGGGUCCCUCAUCGACUCCGCCAGCCCCCUCCAGCUCCGGCAGAUCCACGCCCGCCUCCUCACCGCCGGCCUCCACCGCCGGGGUUUCCUCGUCACAAAGCUCAUCCACGCGUGCUCCCGUCUCCGGCAGACGGGGCAUGGCCGCCUCCUAUUCGAAGGCCAUCCCGAUCCGGAUAUCUUCCUGUUCAACGCCGCCAUCAAGCUCCACGCCGCCGACGGCGAUGCCCCCCGCGCCCUCGCGCUCUACGCCGGCAUGCUCCGCACCGGCGUCCGCCCCGACGAGUUCACUAUCCCAUCCGUCAUCCGCGCGUGCGGCGGCGGCGGCGCCGCCGCUCCGGCAAUCCAAGCGGUCCACGCGCAGGUUUUUCGACAGGGAUUAUCCUCCGACGUCUUCGUCCAGAACGGGCUGGUCGCCGCUUAUUGCAAAUGCGCUCGCUUGGAGAUUGCCCGUAAGAUGUUCGACGGAUUACCCGAGAGAGACAAGGACGUCGUCUCCUGGACCUGCGUCAUCUCCGGGUACUCGCAGAGUGGCCGGCCACUGGAAGCCCUGGAGCUCUUCACCAAGAUGAGGUCGUCGGAGCACGCCCUCUCGCCGGAUUUCGUCGCGCUGGUGAGCCUCGUCAAGGCCUGCGCCGACCUGGGCGACCUCCCCCGGGGGAGAUACGUUCAUGGGCUCGCCGUCAAGGGCGGGCUCGAGCGGGAGGAGGAUCUGCAGAUCGCUCUAAUGGCGUUCUACGCCAAAUGCGGCGAGCUGGGCCACGCGAGGGCCCUAUUCGACGACUGCUCCACCCGCCCUCUGAUCAUGUGGAACGCCAUGAUCUCCGGGUACGUGAAGAACGGCCUGCCGGAGGAAGCGGUGGAGCUGUUCCACCGCCUGACAAGCUCCCGUCUCCGGCCAGACUCGGUCACCGUGCGGGCGGUGAUCAUGGCAGCCGCGCAGGUGGGCUCCCUCGAGACGGCGACUUGGAUGGAAGCCCUAGCCCGUAGCGGCGAGCUCGUCCUCCACCACGAGGACGCUGCCUUCGUCGAUACAGCACUGAUCGACAUGUACUGCAAGUGCGGGAGCAUCGAGCGCGCCCGCAAGGUGUUCGAUGGAAUGCCUCAUAGGGACGUCGUCGCAUGGAGCGCCAUCAUCGCCGGUUACGGCCUCCACGGGCGCGGCCACGAGGCCCUCCACCUGUUCGAGCAGAUGAAGCUUUCCGGUGUGGCCCCCAAUGACGUCACCUUUCUGGCGGCGCUCUCCGCCUGCGGCCACGCCGGGCUGGUGGAGGAGGGCCAGCGGCUCUUCGCCUGCAUGGGAGUCCACGGCGUCGUGCCGCGGCGGCGCCACUACGCCUGCGCGGUGGACCUGCUGGCGCGCGCGGGGCGCCUGGAGGAGGCCUGCGAACUCAUCGCCGGCAUGCCGGCGGCGCCCACCGCGGCCGCGUGGGGGGCGCUGCUCAGCGCCUGCCGGCUCCACGGGGACGUGCAGACGGGGGCUUUGGCGGCGGCGCGGGUCGUCGCGCUGGACCCCUCCAGCGCGGGGCACCUCGUGCAGCUGUCGAAUCUAUACGCCGCCGCCGGCAUGUGGGGCGACGCAGCCGGCGUCCGCGUGCUGAUGAGGGAGAGAGGCCUGGUGAAAGCCUCCGGCAGUAGCGCCGUGGAGGUGGGUGGCCGGCGGCAGGAGUUCCGCUGCGGUGACCAGUCCCACCCCGCGUCGGGGGAAAUCUACCAGAUGCUGGGGGUUUUGGAGAUGGUCUCCAAGGAGGCGACCUCUACUGAUGAUAAAAGUUAUGAAAUUCUCUAA